AUGGACACGAGAGAUGUCCUUGUUGUAAAUCCCACUAGUUCUAAUCAAGUUGAUCCGGAUUAUUCACAAACAGAAAAAAGACUUGAGAAGUGGUUCUCAGAAAAUCCCUCCAAGACAAUUAUUGCUACUGGUUUCAUAGCUAGCACACCUCAAAAUAUUCCAACAACUUUGAAGAGAGAUGGAAGUGACUUCUCUGCUGCUAUUAUGGGUGCUUUAUUCAGGGCACGCCGAGUCACAAUUUGGACCGAUGUUGAUGGUGUGUAUAGUGCAGAUCCUAGAAAAGGUGUGUGCUCACCCUUCUUUUGGGAUAUCAUUGAAUCUCAGCCCAGAAAAUGCCAAGAAGAAGAUCCAGUUGCACAAACCUCCAAAACCUUGCAUUUGGUUUCAGAUAUUCGACCCUCGUCCUCAAAUAAUAACAUCAAGGAGCCCCCAAGCUUGAGCUUGCCAAAUUAA